UACAUUUUUGUCUCAUCAAGCAACAUAUUAUUUUGCCUAAUACUCUCAGAGUCUUUCGCAUGCCUUUUUGCAAACUCCAGGCAUGCUGCCAUGUGCCUUAUUCUUCAGGAGUGGCUUCCACCACUCUCCAAUAAAGCCAAGAUUUGUAUUCAGUGCUGUCGAGACUGUUGUCCGUCUGGCAGGUUCUCCCAUCUCAGCCAAGGAACUCUGUAGUUCUGUCAGGGUGGUCAUUGAGUUCUUGGUCACCUCCCUGAACAAGGUCCUUCUUGCCCAUUUGCUCUGUUUGGUCGGACAGACCACUGUGCUCUUGGAAACUUUCAAAACUCUAGAAAUGGUGUUAUACCCUUCCCCAGAUAUAUUCCUCAUCACAAUUCUCUCUUGGAGAUCUUCGGACAGUUCCUUGGUCUUUUACUCUGACAUGCACUGUCUAAUUUUUGUUUUGACAUUCUUCUUCUUCUUCUCCUGUGGGUUUUAUGGCGGACUACAACCCAAAAAGGUGUAUGGCCGCCACCAACUGGACUGGUUGAAAAAACAAGGUAAAAAUAACAUCCGUACAUGAUAGGGAAAACUAAAUGAUUCCACCCAAAUACAUUUGUAAAUUGACAAAAACAAAUCAAAACUCCCACUUCUUCAUUUCUUCAUCUCCCUUCUCGGGUUCUAGGUCCUGAGAGGGUUGUACGGCUUGCGACAAUACUCCAUUCAACUCCUCCUCCGAGAAAUCUUUCAGUCCCAGUGCCACCACAUUCACUGAUGCAGUUGUGCAGACUGAAGAUCCAUCAGCAGAUUGGAAUCCCCAGACUGAGGCACAUCGACACCCUGCCGCUCCCACCAAGACUAAUCAAGUUCCUCAACUAUGAAAAGAUCCAACAUGGCAGUUGCCAGCAUAUCUAUCCCUGGUUCCACGCCGGGCCACAAAAUGGGGUUUGAUGACUACAGUCUCUACAACAACCUGUCAGAUGACGAGCUCAUUCUGCUGGCUAUCGAACGCAGCCUCAGUGAUGCACACAAUGCCACUUCACCAAGUGAAGCCAGCAACAGCCCAACAGCUCUAGGCAGAAGAACAGUCCAGUAUAGGUCAAAUCCAUCCCCAACCAGGCCAAACACACCGAGGCAGGAACCAAGACAUAGGCCGCCUACUGCAAACCCAACUGACGCGGAACAGGACACUAUUGUGCAAGCAGUCCUGAAUGGUGAUGUGACUAUGGUUCAAGCUAUGGCUAAAAACAAUGCGAAUAACAUACUGUGGCCUGACAAGUAUGGAUGGAUCCCGCUGCACGAGGCUGCAUAUUAUGGCCAAGACCAGUGUGUUAGGGUUCUUCUUGGGGCUCAACCUAGUAUGAUUAACAAGUGUGACCUGAAAGGCCAGACUGCUCUCAUCUUGGCGGUGUACAGGGAAAAGGUGGCCUGUGUAGAGAUGCUUCUGGAGAAGGGGGCUGACCCAGACCUUGCCAACAAGGACAGAGAGACCCCACUCUACAAAGCUUGUGAAAGUGGUAAUGCUGAGAUUGUGGUCAUGCUUCUGAAUCAUGGUGCUGUGGUGAACAAACACUGCAUUCAGGGCUGUACAGCUCUCCAGGAGGCUGUGAGCCGCAACAACGUGGAGAUCUGUGAGAUCUUGGUCCAGGCCGGGGCGAAGCUCAGCCCAACCAACAUGUACGGUAUCGCGCCCCUAUUUACUGCAGCCCAGAGUGGACACGAGGAAACACUUCGAUUUCUCAUUAAACAAGGUGCUGAUAUCAACAGUGAGGCAAGUGAUGGGGCCACCGCUCUGUAUGAAGCGGCUAAGAAUGGCCAUGAGGACAUUGUGGAGCUUCUUCUUUCUCAGGAUGCUGAUGCCAACAAAGCGGGCAAGAAAGGACUUCUGCCACUACAUAUUGCUGCCCAACGAAGAGCUGAUGGUAUUGUGUCAUUGCUGAUCAAAGUCACCAGCAAGUACAGAGUGAAUCGCAGUGGAGUCAGUCCCCUCCACCUGGCCGCCGAGUGCAACAGGGACACAGUUGUGGAGAUCCUGAUUGAGGCCGGCUACGACGUCAACGCCAUGCUGUCAGAUGAUCGCUCCAUGAUGUAUGAGGACCAUCGUAGCACGACUCUCUAUUUCGCCGUCGCCAACGGCAAUGUGGACGCAGCCACCAUGCUUCUAGAUGCCGGCGCCAUCCCAAACCUGGACACCUUCAACCCGCUACUGGUAGCAUUGAGGCAGGGUAGUAUCGAAUUGGUCACAUUGCUGGUGGAGCACGGUGCCAAUGUCAACGCCUACGUACCCACUCACCCCACCUCGUUCCCGGCCACCCUCAUAUUCGGUAUGAAGUACCUGUCCAUGCUGAAGUAUCUGAUGGACAAUGGCUGCGACGCCCUCUCCUGUUUUAGUUGCACUUAUGGCAGUGGUCCACACCCACCACAUCAGGAGACCUCUGAGAGGGAUGACUUGCGCUACAAUACCAAUACACUCAGAAACACUGGGGAACCCGUUCAGUUCUGUGAGGUAAUCUCUACACGCUGGGCAGGACCCAUCAUAAAUGUACUCCUGAAUUACGUUGGCCAUGUGAAACUCUGCUCCAGACUUACUGAGCACCUAGAUAGCUUGGAGGACUGGGAAGUCAUCAAGGAGAAAGCAAGGCAUUCACGUCCACUGAUGCAGCUGUGCAGGCUGAAGAUUCGCCAGCAGGUUGGAAUCCACAGACUGAGGUACAUCAAAAAACUGCCCCUCCCACCACGACUAAUCAAGUACCUCAACCACGAAGAGCGCAACCAAGAAAAUGUUUUGUGAAUAAUAGUCUGUGACAUUAUAGUCAAAGUAAGAGAUGAUGAGGGACUACAGCACAAAUUCUCUUGACAUAAUCAGUGUUUUGGUGUGAAUCUUUUUACUCAUAUUUGAGCAGUAAUAUAGAGCAGUGCUUACCAACAUGGGGUAGUGCAAGUGGUUCUUAAUUUAUUUUAUUAUUAUUUUAUAUUUUUCUUCCAAACAUAAUGCCAUAGGGGAGUAUAGUAUAUGGUAUUAUAAGCAAUUGUACAUGAAUUUUUACAAUGCAAAUUGUGUUGCCCCUUAAAUGACAGAUUUGGACACUGAUAAACACACCGAGUGGCUGUACAGUAACAUGCUAUACAUUACAUUUCAUUACUUUACUUCUAAUUGUUUGAGACACCUGGGACAAAAACCUCCAGGGGACCAUGACACAAUGUCCCAAUAACAUACUAAAACAUCCUUGGGGACGACAGGAGGCUGCUGAGAGGGGAACGGCUCAUAAUAAUGGCUGGAACGGAGCAAAUGGAAUGGCAAUAGACACCUGGAAACCCAUUCUCUCCAAUUAAAGUGACACCAACCUCCUGUGUUGGGGAUGUCCCCGGGACAAACCCGGGAACUAGACAAAACCUCCAGGAGACCAUGACACAACGGCCCAAGAAUGACCUAAAAAACGUAAUUGGGGAUGUCCCGGGACAAAGCGGGAACCAAACAAAACCUCCAGGGGACCAUGACACAACAUCCUGACCACUUUAGGUGUCUGUUUCAUGAUGAUCCGGGGACAUUCUAACGACAAGUUUUUUGUUUGCAGGGUUAAUGUGAAAAGGAGGGGAUGCAGGGCUCAAUGGCAGAGCUAGGAGCUCUUCUUUGAGUCAUAAAAGUGCAUUGAAAUGAUUUAGGAACUGUGCACACUUUGGAGAGGUGUGUGGCCACUUGGAAACACCAGUUAGACCUCUACCUUAAACCCUUGUAUUUUUUUUGUCUUGUGUUGCACCUACCCCAAAUUUUCCACAAAUAUUCUUGUCAUGUUACUGAAUGUAUCCAGAGUAUUUUCAGAUUUUGUUAAUAACAAAUGCUGCGACAAGUAUGGCAAAUGUAAAAUGCACAUAAAAUGUAAUGUUUGGAUUCAGUCUCUUGUCAGGUGAACUGUUGUCUCCUUACCUUUAGUCUAAUAAUUGUCCCAAAAUCUCCUAACUGUUCCCUUAUAUUUGCUACCAUGGUUAUGCAUAUGCUUUCCAUUUUCUUCUGUAAAAAACAAAUUCAAUUUAGCGCUAUCCAUAUAGGCCAAUUCCCACCAGUAUAAGAGCUUUACAAACAUACAUCUGCAAUAAUAGUCCUGUAAUCUGUUACAUUCUUUGAUAAGAUAAAAUGUACUCUAAAUUUGACUGAUAAGAUAUUUUAAGUUAAAGAAUUCUGUGACUCCGCAAAUGGUAGUUCUUUUGAAGAUGAUUUGGUGGUCCCCAGAACAGAAAAGGUUGUGAACCGCUGAUAUACGGUACAAUACAGUACAGCUAGGGUUUACGAUUAAACUUUAAGAUCAGACUAAGGUAGACUUACCAAGUUGGUAACACUUUAUUUUACACUUAUAGACAUUACUAGGUGCUAGUAUUUACUAUUAUUUAAAUUCCUACGUGUUUGCAAGUACAUGGUAAAAUGGUAAUUACACAUAAAUAACCUAUGAAUUAUUUAUAUGUUUCAGUUGUGAGAGCUGUUAAUUAACUAUACAAAUGAGUGAAUUAGUUUGUCAAGCUUUAGAAAUGUGCCUGUUUGCUUGUUUGAGUGUACAGUACUUUUGGGGUAUUAUAGAACCCUGGCUAUAGUGCAGGCUCUUUUCAUUAGUUUAGCGUUAUUUGAGGUGUUAUAAUGUUCUUAUUAUGAAUGGUCUAAUCAAUUUCUCAAUGGAAGAUAAAUAAGAAAUAGAUACAUGAAUGGCUUUAUGUUAAGGUUUUGAAAGCUGCUUAUUUGAUUUUAUAGUAUUUUUGGGGCAUCGUUGGACCCUUUUAGGCUGCCCUAUAAGCAUUGUGUUUUUGUAAAUAUUUGAUUUGAACAGUUAUCAAAGUUGAGUUUGAACAUAAAUGUUUAAAGCAUUACCUGACAGUAAUUGUAUUACCAUCAUCACAGUAAAGAUUCAGAAUAGGAGAGGGAAACAGUAGACAAUUUGAUAUUUGGUGUUGAUUCACUUAAAUAGAUUUCAUUGCAAUAUUUGUAGUAUUUUGUAUGAUCUGAGGUAAGGGUCUCAUUUUUUUGGGUGACAUGGUGACAAUUCAAUCUUGUGCUAUGUUGCCUGUGAAAAAAAUCAAAUAAACAUCAUAUCCAUUUUC